AGGGGCCGAACACGUGCGCGCGCACACACACCCCCGACCUGCUUUAUAAGAGCUCGUCUCUUCUCAAGUGCAUCUCAGUCCAGUCUCAGAGCUCUCCAGCAGGUCUCAGACUCUACAGCAGUGAUAUAAAUCAUCAUGGCACCAUCCGGAACCAAGAGGGGUAUUCUGGAGCGCCUGAGUGCAGGUGAGGUGGUGAUCGGUGACGGUGGGUUUGUGUUUGCUCUGGAGAAGAGAGGUUAUGUGAAAGCUGGACCCUGGACACCAGAAGCUGCUGCUGAACACCCGGAGGCUGUGCGACAGCUGCACAGGGAAUUCCUGCGAGCCGGGUCAAAUGUCAUGCAGACUUUUACUUUCUAUGCCAGCGAUGACAAACUAGAGAACAGAGGCAACAAACUCUCUUUCACCGGCCAGCAGAUCAAUGAAGCCGCCUGUGAUCUGGCCAGAGAAGUAGCCGAUGAGGGCGACGCGCUGGUAGCGGGUGGAGUCUCGCAGACACCUUCAUACCUGAGCUGCAAGAGUGAAGGUGAAGUGAAGAACAUCUUGAAGAAACAGCUGGAUGUCUUCAUCAAGAAGAAUGUGGAUUUCCUCAUCGCUGAGUACUUUGAGCACGUGGAGGAGGCCGAAUGGGCCGUGCAGGUUCUGAAGGGAACGGGAAAGCCUGUAGCGGCUUCUCUGUGUAUUGGACCUGAAGGAGACAUGCAUGGAGUGACACCUGGAGAUUGUGCAGUCAGACUCGUCAAAGCUGGUGCUGAUAUUGUGGGAGUGAACUGUCACUUUGAUCCCAUGACCUGUGUGAAGACUGUGGCCAUGAUGAAGGCUGCUGUGGAGAAAGCCGGACUGAAAGCUCAUUAUAUGGUCCAACCGCUGGCGUAUCACACACCCGACUGCAGCUGCCAGGGAUUCAUCGACCUGCCCGAGUUCCCCUUCGGUCUUGAACCCAGAAUCCUGACGCGCUGGGACAUGCAGCAGUAUGCCCGCGAGGCCUAUAAGGUGGGCAUUCGCUUCAUUGGAGGCUGCUGUGGCUUUGAACCGUAUCACAUCCGUGCCGUGGCCGAGGAACUAUCUCCUGAGAGAAAAGUGCUGCCCGAAGCUUCUCAGAAACAUGGACUGUGGGGCAGCGGACUGGAGAUGCACACCAAACCCUGGGUCAGAGCCAGAGCCCGUCGUGACUACUGGGAGAAACUCAAACCAGCAUCAGGACGUCCACUCUGCCCAUCCAUGUCUGCUCCUGACGGCUGGGGUGUCACCAAGGGUCACGCCGAACUCAUGCAGCAGAAAGAAGCCACCACCCAGGAGCAGCUGCGCCCGCUUUUUCAGAAAGCCGACACCAAAUACUGAGAGGGUCAGAGGUCGGCCUGUCACCCGAGUGAUGCGUUACUAACAGGGGACAGAAGAAAAAGAGAGACAUGUGCAGAAAAUAUCUGCCCGUCUCUCUCGCGUCUUCCUCCUUAAUGUACGAACCACAAAGUAUUAAACAUGUUGACCGUUUGAGUCCGCAGGACCAGAACACCCCUGAAAACAACAACACACUAAAUGUUUUUGUUCUUAAUUUCCCUCAAAGUGAUCUAACCCUUACCUGCAGAGAGUUAGAGAGAGUGACAUGUGUGUGUCUGCAGUUGGUGAGACGUUAUGAUCACUGAAUGUGCUGCAUCCCACAUGUUUACAUCAAUCCAGUGUUACUGCGGUGUUUCCACUCAAGUCUUUCUCAAGCUCAAUAAACUCUGAUAUUAAUCUCAA